AUGCCGGGUCUCUCUCCUCCCCCCCGUCGCCAUCUCUUUUCCCCUCGCGCAUGCAUUCGUCGGCCCAUCGCUCACCGCGUCGUCUUUAGCUCUCUCCCCGAAACGCCCUCCCCCGCCAUUCCUCCCUCCCCUCCGUGCACUUUUCCUGUCAUCUUCGCGCUCUCCCUCUCGUCGCCUGCGCGCUCUCCCUCCCGUCCCCUUCGCGCUCUCCCUCUCGUCGCCUGCGCGCUCUCCCUCCCGUCCCCUUCGCGCUCUCCCUCUCGUCGCCUGCGCGCUCUCUCUACCGUCGCCUUAGCGCUCUCUCUACCCGCUCUCUCUACCGUCGCCUUAGCGCUCUCCAUUUCGUUGCCUUCGCGCUUUCCCUACCGACGCCUUAGCGCUCUCCAUUUCGUCGCCUUAGCGCUCUCCCUCCCGUCGCCUGCGCGCUCUCCCUCCCGUCGCCUUCGUGCUCUCUCUCCCGUCGCCUUCGCGCUCUCCAUCCCGUCGCCCUUGCAAUCUCCCCUCCCAUCCGGUCGUUCCCUUCAUCUCCUCUCGCUCACGUCCUCCCCUCCCCUUGCCAUCCCAUCGUUCGCCUCCUCUCCCCUCCCAUCCCGUCGUUCGCCUCCUCUCCCCUCCCAUCCCGUCGUUCGCCUCCUCUCCCCUCCCAUCCCGUCGUUCGCCUCCUCUCCCCUCCCAUCCCGUCGUUCGCCUCCUCUCUCCUCCCAUCCCGUCGUUUGCCUCCUCUCCCCUCCCAUCCCGUCGUUCGCCUCCUCUCUCUCCUCUUUCUUCCCGUCGCUCCUCCACUCUCCCCUCGCUGGCCGUUGUUCCUCUCUCUCUCCCCAUCGAUUUCAUUCUAUCCGUUGGUGA